GAAAAACGUUUCCGGGAACUGUUAAUCCUUUUCGAUAAACUAAUGACAGAACAUGGCUUGACCUACUUCCUGUACGGCGGGACACUGCUCGGCUCCUACAGACACCACGGCCCGAUCCCUUGGGAUGACGACCUGGAUGUCAUCGUGCCGGUGCUGCUGAGGCCUUUAGUCAAGCAAAUAUUCGCCAAGGUCUCGCCAGACUUCGUCCUCAACUUUCAUCAACGAUGCUACUGUAAGCUCUUUUCAUCCCGCUCUGAUCCCAUCUUGAACCUCCCUUGGAAGUGGCCUUUCCUGGACAUAUUUUUCUACGACGAGAACGCCACGCACAUAUGGGACAUCUGCCCUUAUUACAGGGACAGGUACCGUUAUGAAAAGGCGCUCGUGUUUCCCCUCAGGAGGCGACCUUUCCUCGACUUAUCAUUGUUUGCACCCCACCACACACGAGCGGUGUUAGCGGAGACGUAUAAAAUAGACGACUGCCAAUCGAGCGCCUACAUCCACCGGUGGGAGCGGAGCAGAGAGUCCACCACUGCGCCCUGUUCCGAGAUACAUUCCUUGCACGCUUUUGUGUCAAGAACCUACAUGAAUGGAGGAUGCAACGAAACAUUAAUCCACCACAAAAAUAUAACCAAAGUAUUCUUUGAUUAUGGGGCAACUUGCUAG